AUGCCGCAGAACAGCUCGGACAAGGGCCGGAAGUCGGCAGCCCAGACGCUGGCGCCCAUGAACAACUUCAUAUACGACUUUUUACUAUGGACCUUCUCUAUCCUCGUCGACCUGUUCUUCAGGGAAGUCCACCCGCGAAGCUCGUGGAAGAUCCCCCGCAGCGGCCCCGUCAUUUUCGUGGCUGCUCCUCACGCGAACCAGUUUGUUGAUCCCCUCAUCCUCAUGCGCGUCGUGCGUUUGGAGGCCGCCCGCCGCAUCUGCUUCCUGAUCGCCGAGAAAUCAAUGCGGAGAAAGUUCAUCGGAUGGUUCGCUCGCAACGUCGGCGCUCUGCCCGUGGGGAGGGCAUUGGACAGCACAAGGCCUACCCCAGGCAAAGUCUACCUUCCGGACCCUGUCAACGACCCCACCCUCGUCCGGGGUGUGGGGACGAACUUUGAGGGCAAAGACUUCCAGGUCGGGGGAUUGGUUGUGCUCCCCUCGGUCAACAAUACUGCUGCAAGCGCGGAGAUUUUGGAGAUACAUGGACCGGAAGAGCUGCGUGUCAAGAAGCCAUUCAAGGGCGGAGUGGCGUUGCGCCAGCUAACCGGGCGCGAGGAUAUCAGCGAUGAAGGAAAGAUAUUGAACGGCAAUGGCAAGAUUGGUCCGGCAGAGGGAUUUGAAGGAAUCAACUUCAAGGUUGCUCCGAAAGUAGACCAGAGCAAAGUGUACGACGCCGUCUUCGAGAAGCUCAACCAAGGCGGGUGUGUUGGCAUCUUCCCUGAAGGUGGUAGCCAUGACCGUACGGAGCUCUUGCCCCUCAAAGCUGGAGUGGCGAUUAUGGCCCUUGGCGCGCUUGCUGCCAAUCCGGAUAGUGGGCUGAAGAUUGUGCCUGUCGGUAUGAACUAUUUCCACGCCCACAAGUUCCGCUCAAGGGCUGUGAUAGAGUUUGGUACGCCGGUUGAAGUUCCCCCGGAACUCAUAGAGCUGUACAAGCAGGGGGAGCGCAGAGAAGCUGUGGGCAAGCUCCUGGAAAAUGUUUACAACGCUUUGGUCGCCGUCACAGUGACCGCACCAGACUACGAAACACUGAUGUUGAUCCAAGCCGUUCGCCGCCUUUACAACCCAAAGGGCAAGAAGUUGCCUCUUCCCAUGGUCAUCGAGCUCAACCGUCGGCUUGUAAAGGGUUACGAGCGAUACAAGGACGACCCCCGCAUCGUCAACCUGAAGCAGUCGGUCCUUGCGUACAACAAGAAGCUGAUGAUGCUGAACGUCCGCGAUCAUCAGGUGGAGUAUGCGACAUUCUCCAUUCACAAGGUUGUAUUUAUGUUGGUAUACCGAUUCAGCAAGCUACUCUUGCUGUCUAUCGGUGUGCUGCCCGGUCUUGUCUUAUUCGCGCCGGUUUUCAUCGCCGGCAAGCGUAUUUCCAUCAGGAAGUCAAAGGAAGCGUUGGCAGCCUCGACGGUCAAGAUCCAGGCCAAGGACGUUGUGGCAACCUGGAAGCUCCUUGUAUCGAUGGCUUUCGCCCCGUUGCUCUACAACUUCUACACGAGUCUGCUGGCCUGGUGGACCUACCGCAACCGUAUCCGAGGCCUUGUGCCAGAAUCGGUCCCGAUUUUCGCCGUCUUCUUGUGUGGCUGGAUAGUCUUCCCGACGAUCACGUAUGCAGCUCUCCGUUUCGGCGAGGUUGGAAUGGACAUCUUCAAGUCGCUGCGGCCACUCGCUCUCUCACUCAACCCUUCGUCCAGCAACACGCUACACAAGCUGAGAGUGAUGCGGGCGGACCUAGUGCGCGAGCUCAACGAUGUCAUCAACGAGCUGGGGCCCGAGAUGUAUCCCGAUUUCGACCACGCCAGGAUCGUUGUGGACCCGUUCCACGACGAGUCUCCAAAGGUCGAGAACUUCAAGCGGCGCGACAGCGAGUACUCGCUCGAGUCGAUGCCCUCUUCGCCCAGCCAGUCCAACGUCCGCGUGACGGACACGAGCAUGGGUGGAGGGCUGACGGCGGAUGGACAUCUGCCGCGGAACGAAUCAUUCAAGAACCUGGGCAACAUUGCGCUCUUCGCAACGAGGCCAACGACGCCAAGCAAGUCGCGGUCUCGAACAAACUCCAGCGGGGGGCUUGCGGGGAGCGGGGGAUUCCCGCUGCAGGGCUUCAGCACGCUGGACAGCCAAGGGGGCUUCGAGGAGGUGAGCAAGAAGAUCCGCGGGGCGAUGCGCGAGAGGGGCCAGCGGCGGAGAAGCAGCAACCCCACCAACGAGUGGGAACUGGGGGGCGGCAGCGGGGCGACGACGCCGGGCAGCGAGGUCAGCGGGUUCAGCGGGUUCACGGACGGCAAGAAGGAGAAAUGA